UGGUCACAGACCGGGCCGCGGGGGCGUUGACCCCCGGAACUCUCUCCAGGUAGUAAAUAAAGAUAUUAUUAUAUAAUUACCUCGGUCAGUCGGGGUCAAUACUGCGCGUUACAUCUGUGGCCCUUACAAACCCAACAAGGAAUAGCCAUAAUAUGCUUCACAUUGGAAAACUUUGCCUAUUGGGCUUGCUGACUCAAGUAAGAACAUCCAGUUCUCUACGUGAAGUUAGAAGUGCUGAUGUUGCUUCUCCAAGAAUAGCAAUUAUUGGUGGUGGUAUAGGAGGCACAUCAACAGCUUAUUUCUUAAAGGAGCUGUUUGGAGACAAUGCCAGCAUUGAUGUUUAUGAAUCUGAAAAGAUUGGAGGACGGCUGGCUACUAUCCCAAUAGCGGGAGAUGAUUAUGAGGUUGGAGGCACUGUUAUUCAUCCCAAGAAUCAGUAUAUGAUGGAUUUUGUAUCAAAAUUUGGACUACAAAAAAGACAGAGCUGUACAGGAAGUAUGGGGUUGUUCAAUGGUAAAGAAUAUGUGUUCCAAGAUAGCUCCUGGGAAAUUAUCACCCUGGCCAAACUCAUUUUGAGAUAUGGGUGGGAUGUCUAUCGUCUUCAUGAACUGACAGAGGAAAUGCUAACAAAGUUUAACAGGAUUUAUACUCUUCAAUCAGAAGGACAUGCAUAUCAUGAUGUGGCUUCCUUACUUUAUGCCAUGGAUCCAAAGUUCGUAGAGAUGACAAAGAAAUCUUCAGCAGUCUGGCUUAAAGAGUUAGGGUUCAGUGAUCUGAUCAUCAAUGAACUAGUUACGGCUGUUACUCAGUGUAAUUAUGGCCAGACUCCUAAUGUUCAUGCUUUUGUUGGAUCUGUAUCUGUUGCUGCUGCUGACCAAAACCUGUGGUCAGUGUUUGGGGGUAAUAAAAGAGUGGCAGAGGAACUACUGAAACACUCACAUGCUUCAUAUCUCAGACGUUUAGUGACCAGUGUUGCUCUUCAUAGUCAGGGACACUUUACAGUCACCUCAACUGAAACAGAUACACCAGUUAAAAGACUUUUCUCUGAAGGUAGUCCUACUGAAAUUCCCGAGAUGAACUCAUCCUAUGACCCUCGCACUCAAGACUAUGAUGUUGUUGUGAUUGCUACACCUCUUAAUAAAGAUAAAAGCAACAUCAAGUUGGUAAAUUUUACGAAGGACUUUGAUUUUCCAGGGCAUUUUGAAAGAAUUAUCUGUACAAUGGUACAAGGAGAAGUUAAUCCUGAAAGUCUUCUUCUAAUGCCGGAUGACCACAUCGAUGAAAUUUUAGUAACCAAUCCUGGACUUGCUUUCAAUUCUUUUGGAAAGCAGUGUCCUGCAUCUCUUUCUGUUAAUUCUCAAGAUUAUCCAGAUGUGUGGAAGAUAUUUUCUUCAGCACCUUUAGGAGAAGAUCAGUUGAAAAUAUUUUUUAAGGAACGUAACUCCACAGAUGUGAUCGAUUGGUUAGCAUAUCCUCAUUAUAACUCUGAUCAACAGUUGGGAAACUUUGAAUUGGUCCCAGGAUUUUAUUAUCUGAAUGCCAUUGAAUGGGCAGGAAGUGCCAUAGAGAUGAGCAUAAUUGGAGGAAAGAAUGUUGCACUUCUAGCUUACAAGUACUGGCUGCAAGAUCCAAAUGCAGCCAUGAACUCACUGUUAAAGGAUGAACUGUGAUAGAAGUUUGUGAAACAUUUUGUAAAUGAUAUGAGAAAUGGAUAUAUGCAAUGGUGUUCAUACUUUCUUUAAGACCAACAAGUAAAUACCAGUAUGUACAGCCUAGUAGUCAUGUGUUUACAAACAUGUAGUUUGCAUGAGAUAUCUUUUAAGUUCCAUUUUAGACAUGUGCUUCUAGUAAUAUUCCCUGGAAAAUUUGUUUGUAAAUUUUGAAGAGAAUCCAUAAAAGAAAAUGAAUCCUUAUAAUCCGUGACAAGUUGGAGAGGCACACAGAUUAACAUCAGAUUGUGAUAUUAAGUAACUGAUUGUAUAGUAGUUUUGUUGCUCUAAUAGGGGGUUAGUGUAAAAAAAAUCCAUUUAGUAGAUUAUUUAAUAAAGUUCUAAAUAUUUGGAUAUUUGGACAUUGUGUUUUCCUUUGGAAAUACUGUGAAAUAGUAUUCAGUUAAUUAUAACAAAAUGCAAUACAUUGGCACUACUGAAGGUGGGUAAAUGGGAGGCAUUUAGUUCCAAUCCUAGGAAAGUAAGUGCAUAUUCAAUUUCUUGCAUCAAGAAUCCCUCAAUGGUGUCAAGGAACCUUCCUCGAGGGAGAAGGGUGUAUGUUAAAUUAUUAAAAAUUUAGACAAAUUU